AUGAAGCGCCUUUUCUUUAAAUCCCCCGAUUCCCAUAACCGUCCUUUACUCGUUUCCGAUAUUCUUCUAGCCACCGAAGACUCCACCGCCGUUAACUCCAUGGACGGCGCUCACAAAAAACCGCCAUAUUUUUUUCAUCGUUCCACCAAAUGCUUUUCGCCUCGGCGGCUUCUUGUUUCCGUUCUGGCGGCGCUGAGGCCAAAUAAAGAACGACGAAUUCUGAAAAGCCGAGACAAGGUUCCGCCUACUCCGAUAACGAUUGAAUUAAAAGACAGAGAAGAGGAGUCAAGACAGUUAGAUUGGAAUGAUACAUCUUUUAAGCUAGGAGUUGGUUGUGGAUUGCUAUAUGUGAUUGCAGCAACUAAAAAUGAGCUUAGUAAGAUGGUUGAGUUGCGGAAAGAAAUGGGAAUAAUCCUUCAAAACAUGAAAGGCGAACUUCAAAGUAAAGAUGUAUUUCUUAACCGAUUGAAACUAUGUGAUGAUGCUCUUGCAGAGAUUUCUGUCACUGAUGUUCAAGAAGUUUCGUGCUCUGAUAGUCACCUUUCAGUUCGUUCGGAGAAAUCAUAUGGUCAGGCAGAGUUGAAAGGUGACACGGGUUGUGAUGGUUUUCUAGACUAUGAUAUUCGUGAACAAGAUGAAUGUGCAGAAGAAAUAAAUGAGCUUCAGGCGGAAUUUGAAUAUGAGUUACAACGGUUGCAGCUGUAUUUGGAUGGAGAAGCUGCAUUUGAAGAAGCACAACAACAAAAUGUUGAGGUUGUUGUUAAAGACUCUAGUUCAAAAUGCGAGAGUUCAAAUUUUGGUGAAAUAACAAUGGAACAUCAAGAAGCAAGUUAUGAUAUUUCAGUUGGAGUCCCUCCGGUUGAACUGGAGAGAAGGUUGCAUGAACUACUUGAAGCAAGGCUUCAAGAACGGAUAAUAGAGCUGGAGUCCGCGUUAGAAUAUGCCACAAAAAAGCUCAAUGAGAAGGAGAUUAGGAGUAUUUGGUGGGAAGACACAGCAAGACAUAUCCCGUACCAUGUUCCUGAAACUUCUCGAUUUACUUUUCCGAUCGAUUCGGAUACUAUUUUGAAGUUUAAUGAAGUUGUAGGAUAG